AGCCCCAACAGCCGCACAGCAAGCAGAGUGCAGACCGGAGACGCCGUGCAAAGCUUUUUUACUACCAAACCGCCAAAAUACCACUCAAACGAUGACAUUGAUUCACGCGGGGCAAAAGCACAACAUCAUUUGACAACCUCCGACCUACACAGCUCCUCUUCUCCGCUCCUCGUGCCUCACUCCAACAUUCCCGCCCCCGCACCGGUCCUCUCGACCAGCAGGACCAUGAUGCUGAGUAGCUCCGUGGAGGUGCCCAGUCCGGGCGGGCUGAGCAGCCUCAGCGGGCUGAGCGAAGCCGCUCGGAACGUGGUGCGCUCCUCCAGCAUCUCGGGGGCCAUGUACAACCUGGAGAAGAGUCCUGGAGGCAGCGGUCCUGAGUCAACAUCGCUGGCUGGCAACAAGAAACGGCGAUCCAGUCUGGGAGCCAAGAUGGUGGCGAUUGUGGGCUUGUCACAGUGGAGCAAGAGCACACAGCAACUCAACCAGCAUGACGGCGGGACUAAGAAGCUUCGCAGCACCAUCCGACGGAGCACGGAGACUGGCAUUGCCGUGGAGAUGAGGAACCGAGUAACGCGGCAGGGUAGCAAGGACUCCACCGACGGCAGCACCAACUCCAACAGCUCCGAUGGAACGUUUGUCUUCCCUACCACGCGCCUCGGGCCUGAAAGUCAGUUCAGCGACUUCUUGGACGGAUUAGGCCCCGCUCAAAUCGUUGGGCGGCAAACAUUAGCGACCCCUCCCAUGGGAGACGUCCAUGUUGGUAUGUUGGACAGAGGGGGCCAACUGGAGGUGGAGGUCAACCAGGCCAGGGGCUUGAUCCCCAAACCAGGCUCCAAGAAUAUUCCAGCAACCUACGUGAAGGUGUAUGUCCUUGAAAAUGGAGUAUGCUUGGCGAAGAAGAAAACCAAAGUCGUGAAGAAGAAUCUCGACCCGAGCUACCAGCAGCCUCUGUUGUUUGAUGAGAGUCCUCAGGGAAAAGUCCUCCAGGUUAUAGUGUGGGGGGAUUACGGACGUAUGGACCACAAGUGCUUCAUGGGAAUGGCCCAGAUCCUGUUGGAGGAUUUGGACCUCUCGGCGACGGUCGGCGGCUGGUAUAAGCUGUUCCCUACCUCCUCUCUGGCAGACCCCAGCAUCGGACCUCUGGCCCGACGCCUCUCGCAGUCCUCCCUAGAGAGUGCCACAAGCCCAUCGUGCACCUAAGGCUGAGGCAUGCAAACCCCUCGUACUGUACAUACAACUCAAGACUACAUCCUGAAGCGCAAGAGCCGAUGUACAUCCCACUCUGUACACGCACGUUCUCACCGAGCAAUUUUUUAAAUAGGGAAAAACUCAUUAACAUUCUACCGGAAAACGUAGCAUUUUUCCUCCUCCAUAUUUCAACAUUAACAACCAUGACACAUUUGGUUCACAGAGUGCCAUAAACUGCAUUCCAAGGUUCCGCAAUGCCAUCCCAGGGCCAUAUUGAUGACACUUUCUAAACUCUCUAUGCCAAACUUAAGGAAAAAAAACAACAUUAUUUUUUAAAACCAAAGCAAUUGUUAUUGUCGUAGUCAUUGAUGAAGUAAUAGAAAAAUAUCAAGUAUGAAUAUGUAGCAAAGCUAAUGACUUUAAAGUUAUAAUCUGUGGGCCAAAAUUAUAACAGGAGCAGAUAUUCACAUAAAGGAACGUAUGUGAGGUAGCAAGUUAGCAACACUGCUAUUGUACAGGGCAGGGCUAAGUUUAUACAUAGAUAUGCAUAUAUACAUACUAUAUAGUCCAACAUUUAUUUGUGUUUAUGUCUGUAUCGGCUGCAGUCUGCAUGCUUGCUUGCAACCUUUGUCGAAACCUUUAGAAAGUGCUUCAAACUUUCUCUUUAACGUUUGACUUCAACUUUUUAAAAGGGCAUUGGGUUCAGUGGAAAGCGAGGUGACUCAUCGAUGACCCUGUUUCCCAAUCUUUACAGAGUCGAGGCACUUUAUAUGAAACGGCACACCACCAACAAAAAUUUCAUGAAAAACAGAACAUUUUGUUUCAUUCGGCACACUUGUCCAGUGCACUAUAACCCCUUAUACUGUAGGGCACUCAUUUGCUGCCAUUGACGGUAGCGAUCAUUAGCCGCCAUCCUCUCCCAGUCAAAAUAGAUUGGACGUAUAGCGCCGUCAAUGGGACUGAAGCAUGAGCAUUCAUAGCCAUGCCUCCCAGUUUAAAUAAAUUGGAAGUUAUCGUAGGUAAUUGUAGGCAAUAAGUUUAAUACUAUGAAAAAAAAAUCCAACUUUACAGUAGGCAUGUGCAGGUAUGAUAUUCUGACGGUAUGAUAACCUUAAGCCAAAAUAUUACGGUUUCACGGCAUUGCAAUUUCAGCUCUAAAAUGUGUUACUAUGAGUUAUCUGGGUUUAAAAAAAAAAACUAACUUUUUUCCAUCAAACAGGAUUUUUAAUUUUCAAAACUUAUUAGCAAACUGGAACAUAAGUACCGUAUUUUUCGGACUAUAAGUCGCACCUGAGUGUAAGUCGCACCAGCCAUAAAAUGCCCAACAAAAAGGAAAAAAAAACAUAUAUAAGUCGCACUGGAGUAUACAGUGGGGCAAAUAAGUAUUUAGUCCCCCACUAAUUGUGCAAGU